AUGCAGAGAGCGAGAGAGAUGAUAGCAAAUUUGCGAAGAGCACCUGAGAAGAGAAGACCAACGAAUGUGAUGCGAUUCAGAAUGGAAUUCGCACGGUGGCGUGGCCGCGUGGGUCUUGCUAUGGGUGUGGGAGAAGGAGAACUGGAGAUAGAGAGGCAGAGGCGUGGCUGGGUCCUGGGCAAGAAUCUGCAACUUCGUCGAUCUAGAACUUCACCCUCAACAAGAAUUAUGGCGAGGACAAAGCAAACUAAGAGGGUAUCAUCUGAAGAGUUGGCCGAUCGUCGUGCCUAUCUCCACGCUUCUCAUAGGCGAGGUGAUCAUGAUACAGAUGUGUCGACUUCUCGGAAGGGGGCUAGUAAGGGGGCUCCGAAGGCGACCACUGAGGUUCCUGCCCCUGCCACUGAGGUUCCUGCCCCUGCUACUGAGUCGACGCCUGAGGUUAGUGCCCACGAUACUGUUGAGCCUUCCACCUCUUCACUUGAUAUUGAUGCAGUUGAGGAGCCGGAGUCGGAGUCGGGGUCUGAGUCGGGGUCGGAGUCGGGGUCUGAGUCUGAGAUUGAGGGUGAGGAUGUAGAGGUAGAGGAUCCGAAUAUGCCGCCGCUCCAGAGAGAUCCACCGUUUCCUGGUGGGCCGGUUGAGUUGUCACUUCUGCAGCAUUACCCGGAUCACAUAGCGCCGUGGACGUGGCAUACCCUACUAGGCACCACUGACCCUCGUUAUUCUGAGCGAGGUGAUUUGAGGCUUGCCACUGCUGGUACGAAGCUCGGGCUGAUGACGUGUGAUGGGGACAAUUACAGGGAGGUCCGCUUGAUUGUGGAGAGGAGCGGACUGUAUCCACUGGUCAGGUGCAGCUAUGUAGAGACGGAUCCAAGGCUUAUAUCGGCCCUUGUGGAGAGGUGGCACGAGAAGACUAGUAGUUUCCACAUGCCAUUUGGGGAGAUGACUGUCACCCUUGACGACGUCUCCGCUCUUCUUCACAUCCCGGUUGGUGGGAGAUUCUACACUCCAGGAGUGGCCUCGAGAUAUGAUGUGGCAGAGACCUGCGCUUUGCUGUUAGGGGGGGAUGCAGAUUUGUACAUGGCUGAGUUUGAUAGGCUUAGGGGUCCGACUAUGAGGUUCAGCUUCUUGCGAGACCUUUACCCGAAAGCUGUUGCAGAGGGGCGGUACGAGCAUGCAGCCAGGAUGUACCUGAUGCAUCUUGUUGGCGCGACAUUGUUCGCCGACAAGAGUGGGGGGCACUCAUUCUCUGCCCGUUGGAUCGGCAUGCUACAGGAUCUUGAGCGGGUGUCGGAGUUCGCGUGGGGCGCCAUGGCCCUUGCCACGUUACAGGCUCGUUCGCCGGUAUGCGAACCCGGCUUACACAGAGGACCAGCCCAGAGCUCGUAG